AAAAACUGAGAAACAUGGCACUCCUGAGGUCAGGCUGGCUAUGGAGACAGACCUUGAUCCUCAAACGCUGGAAGUUAAACUGGUGUGACCUCUGGAUUGAUGGGAGCAUGUGCUUCUACAAAACGGACACCAGGCAAGAGCUGGAGCAUCGUGUUAGUCUCAAGACAGCGUGUGUAGACGUGCGGUCUGGCCUGGAAUGUGGAGGUGUGACACUACCAGAGAGUAAUCCCAGGGAGAAUCUUAUUGUGGUUCAGCUCAGAGAUGGCUCAACACUCAACCUGUGCACCAACAGUGAGGAUGAGUCUAUAGCUUGGAAACUGACUCUGCUAGAGGCCAGGAGAAACCUGGUGUUCACAUACGACCCAUAUGAUGACUCCUACCAGGCUGUACCCUUCAACAGCUAUCACGCUGUCUACAUCACACCAGGAGCAGGGACAGGCACCCACCAGGUGGUUGUUCAGAGGGACCCAUUUGAUGGAGUAGCAGAGCAGCUGGCAAUGGGAUUACUGGCAGGCAUGGCAGAAGGGGCAGCCAUGCGAUCCUUCCUCUGGAUGCCCUUCUUUUUUUGCUGAGAUGAUCUCCAUUACUGAUGUGACAGCACUGCACAAGGCCUGUCUGUCCUCACGGGCGGGCUACCUGACGUCAGCAUGUGAAAGGAUUUUUCUUCGUAUUUCAUAUGUUUUCAAAUCAUAUACUGUAACAAACAGCUGCCUAUGCGGUUGUUCAAUUUUCGUCGUUUGAGCAGUUUUGAAUACACAACGUAUGAUAAGGACGCUGUUUUUGCUUGUAUCUAUA